UCUAGCCUGUCCAACCCCUUAAGAAUUUUGUAUGUUUCUAUAAGAUCCCCCCUCAAUCUUCUACAUUCUAACGAGUACAAGCCGAGUCUAUCCAGCCUUUCUUCAUAUGAAAGUCCUGACAUCCCAGGAAUCAGUCUGGUGAAUCUUCCCUGUACUCCCUCUACGGCAAGAAUGUCCUUCCUCAGAUUAGGAGACCAAAACUGUACGCAAUGCUCCAGGUGCGGUCUAACCAAGACCCUGUACAACUGCAGUAGAACUUCCCUGCUCCUAUACUCAAAUCCUUUUGCUAAGAAAGGUCCCGACCCAAAACAUCACCUAUUCCUGCUCUCUAGAGAUGCUGCCUGACCAGCUGAGCUACUCCAGUAAUUGCAUCUACCUUCGCUACCAGCAAACAAGUCGGGUGGCAAGACUGCUUCCUUAUACUCAUCUUGUGUGAUGAAUUCACUAAAGCAUCUCACAUUGCUGAUGAUAAGUAGUUGUAUUGCUGAAUUAGUUAAUUAUCCAUGAAUACUUUGGACUUCUGUGGAAGUUAAAUAGACAAAUCACAGCCGGUGGUAGAUCACAUUGUUGUCUAACCAGCCUACAUAUCACUGCCACCUCUUGAGAAACACUGCCACCUGCCACUGGUGCUAUACAGGUAACCGGCACCCAGAAGCUAAGUUGCUCAACUUUACGUUGACGUGAAUCUGAGAAAUGGAUAAGAUGGCGUCUUCUCCCGACAAUAACCACAUCUAUUGUGCAGACAACGCAGGAUUUGAAAUGGAGGAAGAUCUUCCAUCCAAACCUUCAGAUAAAACCUCGGCGUGGACUUCAGACAAGAAAGAAAGUCCCAAGGUUGUAAGGAAAAUAACCGAGACUGCGUCAAGGGUAAAGAAGGCGUACCACGCCCACUCUACGCUAAUCAAACGCAUCAUCCUUGGUCUCUUGGCCGCAGCUUUACUUGCAUUCCUCAUCGCCGCCUGCGUGCUGGAUCUCCAGCGAGCCCUUGCUCUCCUCAUCAUGAUGUGCAUCGUGGCUUUCUUCAUGGUUUACGGGCUGCUGAAGAAGUUGUUCGGGGAACAGAUCCUCCACUUCUUCUCGCCUGCGUGUUCCUUCCUGCAGAGAUACAGCAAAUGGUUCAAAUGGCUGGUUGCCCUGUUGGCGGUGGUGGGACUAGUUGCCUGGCUUGGUGCAGACACGGCAAGAAGACCCAAACAGCUGAUUUCCUUCGGAGGAUUGUGUACGCUCGUCACCUUGCUCUUUAUCUUCUCCGCGAGGCCGCAGGCGGUGUCAUGGAGAGCACUGUUUGUGGGGCUGGGAUUACAAUUUAUUCUCGGCAUCUUCAUCAUCAGGACGGAGCCUGGCUUUCAGGCUUUCAACUGGCUUGGGAUCCAAAUCCAGACUUUCCUGAAUUACACGACUGCAGGAUCCAGUUUCAUCUUCGGAGAUCAGCUGAUCGAUGGCAUUUUCGCAUUUCAGGCGCUGCCGAUUGUUGUCUUCUUCAGCUCCGUGAUGUCCAUACUCUACUAUAUUGGUGCCAUGCAGUGGAUAAUCCUCAAGAUUGCGUGGCUGAUGCAGAUCACUAUGGGCACGUCGGCAACGGAGACUCUGAGCGUCGCUGGCAAUAUCUUUGUGGGACAGACGGAAGCGCCUCUUCUCAUCCGACCCUAUCUGAUGGACAUGACCAAAUCAGAGAUCCACGCUGUGAUGACUGGGGGGUUUGCUACCAUCGCUGGCAGUGUGCUUGGAGCCUACAUCUCCUUCGGGAUUAAUGCGUCCAAUUUGAUAGCGGCAUCCGUGAUGGCAGCGCCCUGCGCUCUCGCUCUUUCCAAACUCAGCUACCCUGAAGUCGAAGAAUCCAAGUUCAAGACUGAGGAAGGAGUGAAACUGGACAGUAGCGGAGAACAGAAUGUUCUAGAAGCUGCAAGUAACGGUGCCUCUGCCUCGGUUGGUUUGGUUGCUAACAUCACCGUGAACCUGCUUGCAUUUUUAGCUAUUCUGAAGUUUUUGAACGCGGCACUCUCUUGGUUUGGAGGUAUGGUGGACUACCCUGAGCUCAGCUUCGAGAAUAUUUGCUCUUAUGUCUUCAUGCCUCUGGCCUUCAUAAUGGGAGCUGAUUGGGAAGACUCGUUCCUCGUUGCCGAGCUGAUUGGAGUCAAACUCUUCCUCAACGAGUUUGUAGCUUACCAGAACCUUUCCCAGUACAGGACCAAACGUCUAGCAGGAGUAUCUGAAUUUAUCAACGGCAAGAAGCAAUGGAUCUCACCUAGAGCCGAAACGAUAUCUACCUACGCUCUCUGUGGCUUUGCAAACUUCUCCUCGAUCGGUAUCAUGCUCGGGGGACUCUCUGCCAUGGCUCCAGACCGUAAGAGUGACUUUGCAGAGAUAAUCAUCAGAGCCCUCAUCACUGGAUUCUUCACUUCGCUGGUGAACGCAUGUGUUGCAGGGAUCCUGUACGUGCCACGGGAGGUUUUAGACUGCAUCAGCUACCUCAAUAGCAGUGACUUCAGCGGGGUCAGCACUGACUUGGAAAGCUGCUGUUCCAGUCUCUACGGGAGCACCAAUAUGACUGGAAAUGGAAACUUUACCUUCGAAGGACAAUGGACAAAUAUCAGUCAGAGUUUCUUGCAUAGCUGCUGCAAUGUCUACAACACCAGUGCACCCUGCCAGCGAUUCUUCUAGUUUUCCUCCCGAUAUUUGUAUAUAUUUUUUUAAUUCACUGUGUCCCGUCAUCGUGUUAGCCUUGGAUGCAGAGAUGGUCCACAUUCCAUUCUCUGCAGAGCAAAGAUUUUGAUGCAUAUACAUGCAAUUGUAAGAGUUGGUGUCACAGGUCUGCUCUUCCUAACACAGUCCUCCUUAACAAUCCCACUUUAACAAACUUGACUGUACUGUAUAUAACAUUAUUUGCCCAUGCCGACCGAAAUGCCCCAUCUACACCAUAGAAACGUAGAAAAUAGGUGCAGGAGUAGGCCAUUCGGCCCUUCGAGUCAGCACCGCCAUUCAACAAUGAUCAUGGCUGAUCAUCCAAAAUCAGUACCCCGUUCCUGCUUUCUUUCCCGUGAUUCCGUUAGCCCGAAGAGCUAAAUCUAACUCUCUCUUGAAAGCUUCCAGUGAAUUGGCCUCCACUGCCUUCCAUGGCAAAGAAUUCCACAUUCACAACUCCCUGGUUGAAAAAGCUUAUCCUCAUCUCACUCAUAAAUGGCUUACACCCUUAUUCUGUGACCCCUGGUUCUGGACUCCCCCAACAUGAGGAACAUUUCUCCUGCAUUGAGCUUGUCCAAUCCCAUAAGAAUUCCAGCUGCACAUGCUUGCAUUUGGCCCAUAUAAUAAACCUUCCUAUCCAUGUACCUGUCUAAGUGUCUUUUAAAUGCAGUUAUAGUACCUGCCUCAACUACAUCCUCUGGCAGCUCGUUCCAUACAUUGUAUAUAGAAGUUGUCCCGCAAGUUUCCUAUUAAAUCAUUCCCCCCUCACCUUCAUCCUCUCUGGUUCCUGAUUCCCUUACUGGAUAAAAGACUCUUUAUUUACUUCUUUAGCCAUUUCUGUUGAUCGCUUCAGAAUAUUAAAUAUGAUCUCCCGAACCCCUUCAGUCUGUGAAUUGUCCCUCAAGCAUUCAGAGAAAAAAUAUGACUUCAAAUUCUAAACCAUUGAAUGGGACCCGCCUCCUUGUCUUUUGUCUCAAGUAUAAAUAACUUAUUAUCCAGCUGCUUAAAUGUGCCCUUACUAUUUUAAGUCUGCUGAAAAUUGUUUAAAUUAUCUGUUCUUUGUGAACAACAAUCGCUGCAAAUAAAUUGAAGCUUAUUUUGAAGAAUUGUGGUGAAUGUUCACAAAGGUUUGUUGGGUAUCAAUGGCUCAAUGUGCAGGAAGGAACCGCAGAUGCUGGUUUAAACCGAAGACAGACACAAAAAUGCUGGAGUAACUCAGCGGGGCAGGAGAAAAGGAAUGGGUGACGUUUUGGGUCGAGACCCUUCUUCAUACUGAGAGUCGGGGAAAGUUAACGAGAG